UGACCGAUUGCUAAACUUGCCCCUCUGCUUUGAUUCCACUUCUCACCCGGCUCCGUCAGGCGCCAUUGAUUGCGCGUCCCUAUCAUAAUAUUUAUCAUCCUAGUUGCCUGUAGUCAUGAACUCAUCUAUUAACCACCAACACCAGUUUCGCAGAACGCACAAAAAGCGUUCCUCGUUUUCAAGACUGUCGUCAGACACAGUGCAGACUCUCCCAGAGUACUCGGCUCCGCUCAAUUGGAGUAGUAAAACAUUCAGUUCGGCGCUUUCGGAGGGCACCGAGUCAGAUAGGCCACCCGACUACCCUGACAGCGAAGAGGCAGACACGGAGGAGCAAGCUGUAGCCUACGCGCCACAACGUUUUCACCCCAAUUUGCCCCGACGCACAGCACCUUAUACACGCAGACGCAAACGCCAGUCCGUCACACUGCCAGCAGCCGACCCGUUCCUCGACGCGCUGCUUGAGCGCAGUGUACAUGCCCUCGAGAUGUCAAAUGCUCUCAUGCAGAGCUCAAUCUCCACCCAAUCCAGUCUUUCGACGUUGCUUUCGUCCGACAUCGGACCGGACCGUUCUCUCGAGGUUCGUGCCAGGAACCUUUCAACGCGAAUCAGAUUGAACAGCGGUGUGCAUGGGACAUGGAUGGCACAUCUGGAAGAGAUAUCGAAAGGUGUGGAUGGACUGUUUGACGAAGAGGUUAGGGACAUCAGUCCAGUCAAGCCAGAUGAAGCUGCGAUUAGCCAAAGUCUCCCAACAUCAAAUAUCAGAGAUUUGCGGAAUAGGAGGAGACCGUCACUACUGGAGCUCAAUGGCUCGAGCUCGAGUUCAUCACAGCUUCAAUUCUCGCUCCCGAAACGUGAUUUGCUCGUGGCGCCUGCCCCUAGGGCGCUCACCCAGUAUGUCGAAUCAACAGCUGAUCCCUGUAUGAUAACCCUGCCCUCCACCCUGGGGUUACGAGCAUCCGCUUCAUCGCACUCGGCAGACUGGCAGGAUCACACUUUUGUCACACAACAGGAGCUACGGUUCUCACAGUCAUUACCUGUGUUAUCGGGACAGCCUCAGGAGGUCCCCACUCCAGCAUACAAUCUCCUCUGCAACAUAGUGAAGCGCUCAGAAUCAGCUACACCUCCUCCAACUGACACAUCGUCUCCUCGUGCCUUCAUAUCACGACGUGGAUCAACAAGCACAUGCAGCACUGAACGAGGAUCGAAACCGUCUGCUUGCUCGGUACGGAGGCAACAAGCAUCCCCUGAUCGCAGUCGCAAUCGCAAGCCAGAGUCUGCAUCACGAUCUCGCUCAACAACGCCCAGACAACCCGUGACUCCUCUUCCCCGUGCAAUGACUCCACCCAUCGAGGAGCUUUCUGCUUCCUCGUCUGAUUCAUCAGAUCUCCCUACUGGCUACCGCACCGUUCAGUCCCUCCGCAAAAUCCUUGAUGAACAACCAUCCUCCACCUCCGUCAACUCCCCCCCUCGAAAACAUCCAAAACACACUCGGUCGCCCAAUUUCAUUGUCACGCCUGCCCCCGCUCCGGUUGCUGGCACAUCCACUGCCACUGCUUCCAUUUCCCGUCUUUUCACAAAAGGCAGACAUUCAUCCUCUACGCGUCCCCCUUCCCCACCUACACACUCCUCCCUGAAGGUGCCCUCUGUGCCUCCGACACCUCGUUCAUCGCCGAGCAUAGGCAGCCUCUCGGAUAUGUUUGGAAACGGUGUGGCCAAAGUCCUCGGGAGUGAUCCCCCUUCAGGUGUAUCGACGCCCAAGCGCAUCAGCUUUGCGGAGCUCCCAGAGUCCUACGCAAGCUCACGUACAGGGCCUUCGAAAAUCAAGGAAAAGCGGAAGAAUCGCAGCCGAAAGCGCAAGGGGAAAGACGAAGAAGAGGGGGAGGCACUUGGAUGGUUUGAGAGGUUGUUCAUUGUGGGGCCUGUGAGCACGUGCUCUGCACGGAUCGAUGAGCGUCUGGAAGAACGCAUGUCACGAGGGUGGGGGACUCGACCUGGAGGUGGGACGUUGGAUGAUUGGGCGGUAUAAAGUUCGUAUCGCUCAGAGGAUGAUGGAUCAGUUACGCAAGUGUAUAUGAAUGUGUUUUUAUUCCCUUUCUUUGGCUUUGCUUUCAUUCUUAUUUUGAUGACGCUGUCAUGACUUUUGUUUGGAUUGCUACGUAUAUUUUUAUGUCCAAUAGGAUCUUUAUCAUACACUGUUUGGCAGUGUUCACAUCAUCUAUGUUUACUCCGAGUAGCUGAGCGCUGUAUCCUUGAACUGUUUCAAUAUCACAU